AUGGCGACAAGCCUGCCAUAUCGACCGUCCAACGAAAACCUGUCUAUGAAUCCUAAGACGAAUGGCCUCCCUCGAUUGUCCCCCGCACCCUCCUUCAUAGGGCGCUCGCCCAGCGGCUCGCGUUCCUCAACUCGACGUACAUCCGCCGAGCCUGGAUCGGGCUACAAAGCUCGCCGAUGCAAGUCACAAUACCCAGUCGAUUCAUCCGAGCGUCAUGUGGAAUACAUCUUGGUAGCGUCCUUCCACAUCGACCGGGGUCCGAUCAUGGAGCAUCAAUACCCCGCUGCGAUUAGUGGCGACGAGAGUAUGCUGGCGGAGCUGAUGCUUCCCGAUCAGACCCAUGUGCGAAGUCAGGAUUGGACAAUAUUCUUCCUGCACAAGGACACCAGCGGUGACGACGAUGAGGAAGGGGAGGGCGGUGCCGACAUUCAGCAUGAGAACCCGGACGAGGCUUCUGAGGAGGAAAGCAGUGACGACGACGAGGAGGGUGGGGAAGGCCCGCCCUUGAUGUAUGUCCUGAAUUUGGUGAACACGAAACAGGACAAUACGGUCCGACGUGGUGCGGUCGUCAAAGCCAUGGCCAUCUGUACAAGGCAUUCCUUCCUCCACAUCUACAAGCCACUCCUUCUCCUCGCACUGGAAGACUACUUCAAGUCACCCUACCCCGAGACCCUUGCAACCCUCUAUGACGCCGUGAACAAUAUGGAUCUCUCCUUGAUGCCUAAGAUGUCGAUACUUGAACGCCAUAUCUUACAGUCCAGCAACACCAAGGAAAUGUUCAUCGAGAAGUUCGAGCAGAUGAUCCGUCAGCGAGAGGAAGAAGAGGCGGAGGACACCGAAUGCCCACCAUCACCGAAGAAACUCAGUCGAUACGUCUUGCCGAGAGACACGCACGAAUUCGAAUCGAAAGUGGUCUAUCACGACAUUCCCAUCCCUGUCAAGAUUCCUACUGUCAUUUGGCCGGAGACUGUGGGCGACUUCAGUCUGGUCAAGCUUAUACAAACGUUCGCAGGGCCACAUGCCACCUCCCCUCAACCGUUCCCAAGCCAUCCUCAUUUAACCACCAGUGGCCCAUUCACGCACCCUAUUAUUGUCCUUGUCAACGCCAUCCUGACACAGAAGCGUGUAGUUUUCCUCGGGCACAAUCGACCAUCUGGAGAGGUAGCCGAGGCAGUCCUCGCGGCCUGCGCACUGGCGUCUGGUGGCAUUCUGCGCGGAUUCACUCGCCAUGCUUUCCCAUACACUGAUUUGACUAAGAUCGACGAUCUCCUGAAAGUGCCUGGUUUCAUUGCCGGUGUUACUAAUCCUACUUUUGAAAACCACCCGGAAUGGUGGGAUGUUUUAUGCGACCUACCGACGGGUCGUAUGAAGAUUUCUAGCCAUGUUGAGUCGGCCCCAGUAACGGAAGGCCUCCUUUUCUUCCAGCAGCAGAAUGCACUUUUGCCCAAUCAUAAUUCGCACGCGCAUUCGGACCCAACAGGCGACACUCUUUUCAUGCAAGACAUUCUGCGGAGUAUCGCCAAUCGACACGGCGAAAAUGCGAUCCGUGCCAAAUGGCGGGCCUACAUCACCAAGUUUGUCCGAGUUGCCGCAGCUUUCGAGGAAACUGUCUAUGGUGCUUCAAAUCUCUACAUCAUUGGUCCCGGCGAGGAACUGUCACCGGAUAGUCCCACUGGCCAGCAGACUGAUGCAGCAGACCCUUCAUCACUCCGGGGGCACGGCUACGUGUGGCCGGAUGAAUUGGCCAAGCAGCGUGAACUCUCUGCAUCGGUAUCGCGAAUCGAGGGUUGGCGGAACACUCGGUCGUACUACUCCUACAUUCAGGACAUUGCUGCUAUGUACUUCCCUGCCCGACCCAUUCAGCGACCCGACCUGCACCACCACCACGACCGGCUGCGGGCUCUGAAGCUGUCCCACGCCGAUUCCGCCGCUAUCUACAUCGCUCUUUCCCAUGCCGUGAAAGACUAUGCCGGCGUCUGUCAAUUGCUGACUGUAGCACCUGAGAACCAGGCUGGUCUGUUUUAUAUCAGCAUGGGACUCUUCCACCCUGAUCAAGUCGUACGUGAAGCAACAGUCGACUUGCUCGACCGUAUCGCUUCGCAUCCGGCCGGUCGUCAUUUCUGGACACAUCUCAACCGCUUUGCGAAACUGGGUCACUACCGGGUGAAGCGUGACCGUGAUGCAGCCCAAAGCCCUAUCUCAGGUGCUGGUUCUCCCACCGUAACCACGCCCGGGGCCAGCUUUGGUGGCGAGCCGCAGAGUCUGGUCGGUGUUGCACUUGGAAACAGCAUUUCUCGAAGAAGCUGA